GAUCUCGAUCAGAGAGUUUUCAGGCUCCACCUCUCCGCAGUAUUUGAGGCUCGGAGUCACCAAUCCAAUCCGACACAUGUGCCAUAGUGUUGCUGCUACUAAACACGCACAACUCGCCAUCCUAUCAUACAUACCAUUUGACAGCCUCAAUACAAUAGCCCUGCAGACUGUGUGAAGAGCUUGGAAGUUUGACCAACAAGAGGAGAUCCCAGCCCUGGGAAUAUUGUGUUGGAGGGGGUGGAGGGUGGAACGGAUUCAUAUAGAGAGGAGAACAAGAAAUAAACGAUUGAUUCGUUUUGGUUAAAAGAUUGUUUGGACACCAUGGGUUCCGAUGUGCGGGACCUGAACGCUUUGCUGCCGGCAGUCUCCACUCUGACCCCGGGGAACAGCAGCUGUACCAUGCCGGUGAGCAGCGCUCCCCAAUGGGCUCCGGUGCUGGACUUUCACCCGGGGGCUUCUUACAGCGCUCCGAUCGGCCACCCGUCCUUCAUCAAGCAAGAGCCGAGCUGGAGCGCCAGCGAGCCCCACGACGACCAUUGCCUCAGCGCUUUCACUGUUCACUUCUCCGGUCAGUUCACCGGCACGGCCGGGGCCUGUCGUUACGGAGCGUUCGGGGCUCCUCCGCCCAGUCAGGCGCCUCCGAGUCAGGCGAGAAUGUUCACCAACGGCGGUUACCUCAACCAUUGCAUGGACACGCAACAGCCAGCCAGGAAUCAGGGUUACAGCGCUGUGGCUUUCGACGGGACUCCAGGUUACGGUCACACUCCGAGCCAUCACACUCCUCAAUUCUCCAAUCACGCCUUUAAACACGAGGAGCCCAUCAACCAGCAGAACAGUAUAGGUGAGCAACAGUACCCGGUCCCUCCACCAGUCUAUGGCUGCCACAACUCUACAGACAGUUGUGCUGGGAGUCAGGCUCUGCUGUUAAGAUCCCCAUACAACAGCCACGCGACAGGAUACGAGACUGACAAUCACAAUGCCCCUAUGUUAUACAGCUGUAGCACACAAUACAGGAUACAUACACAUGGGGUGUUCAGAGGGCUUCAGGAUGUUCGGAGAGUCCCGGGAGUUGCACCAACCAUUGUCAGAGCAAACGCAGAAGCCAACGAAAAGCGUCCAUUCAUGUGUCCUUAUCCUGGGUGUAAUAAACGCUACUUCAAACUCUCCCACCUGCAGAUGCACAGCAGGAAACAUACAGGAGAGAAGCCUUAUCAGUGUGAUUUCAAGGACUGCGGUCGACGAUUCUCCCGUUCAGAUCAACUCAAACGACACCAGAGAAGACACACUGGGGUAAAGCCAUUCCAGUGUAAAACAUGUCAGCGUAAAUUCUCCCGCUCUGACCAUUUAAAGACUCACACUCGAACUCAUACAGGUAAAACAAGUGAAAAGCCCUUUAGCUGUAGGUGGCCAAACUGUCAGAAGAAGUUUGCCAGGUCCGAUGAACUGGUUCGCCACCAUAACAUGCACCAGAGAAACCUGACCAAACUUCAGCUUACUCUCUAAAAGGUGAACAUGACUGCAACGAACUCAAAGAAAAAGUGACAACACACGCUGUUGGGGAACUCUACUUCCUUCUGUUCACCCCUGCUCUAAAUGUUGAAUAACUCACAGGUUAAUGGGACAGAAUCGAUGUCCACAUUUCUAUGCCUACCUGAUAUAUGCACCACCAAUGUAGUUGUAUUGCGCCUCUUCUUCCCAUUUAUCGUUCAAGCCAGGGUUGCCAACUCUGCUUCAAAGUACUCAUGGAGGUUUUGUCGCCUUCUGCCUUCAAACCAUACUCAGCCCGUGAUCAAACGAACAGUCUCCUUAUUUCCCCCAUCCUUGAAUACAGUAUCAUCAAUAUUGCUUACAAUUGAAAAAAACAGAUGUGUUGAAAGGAAACAAAGAACGUGGAGACUUUCUGUGGUACCCGAUAUGAUUCAACUCCUGAACUAUUUACAGCAGGGUCAGCCAGAAAUUCCUGGAAACUGCCCAGGACAUUCUUGGAGGGUUGGCAACCUUGGUCUGAGUGUGAAAGAAGAGGUGGAUUCAAAGCAUGUAGCAUUGUUAAUGGGAAUCAGUAGCAAGACACUGCAAAUUGGGCAGUGGUGGUGUUCACUGAGUCACUGUUCUUGGGUUGUAUGACAAUUCAUACACUCCUUUGUAAAUAUUAUGUAUAUAGAGACCUGUUGGAAUUGAAUACCACUGUAUCUCAUUUGUUUUUUUUUAACAAAAUGGAAAUCUAGAUGUAUGGUAACCAUGUGACAUGUGGCGAGUGAAAAAAAUGGCAAACGUGCAGGUGGGCAUUAAAACUAUUGGGUUAACCUGUCUUUUGAACCCCAUAGUAGAUUCACGGAGAAGCAAUUAAGUGGGGUAAUGAUGUUGUUUAUCAAUUUGAAGUGUACUUUAAUCAAAUUAUGUUAAGGAAGAGGUAAGGUUAACCAGCAAUGCUUUACAAACACCUUGUUAAAAAAUUGUACACAAUAUAUCGAAAGGCCACGCUGGCUAUGUGGCUGAUUAGCUGUAAUGUUAACAGACAUAGUUAAAUGAAAGAAAAAGGCUGGUCCACAACUAUCAUUAACCAUUCCUCUUGAAAAUAAGUAACUUAAUGACUUUCAGAAAUCUUCAAGUAUGAUAUGUGAAGAAAUCUUUUUAGUGUAAUGGAUUGUACUGUACCCAAUGUUUCUUUGUUCAUCUAUUUACUGCUACCAGCUGGAAAUUAUUAUGUAUAUAUCUGAUAAUGUAUUGCUGUGCCCAAAAAUAGGAGGGUUAUUAAAAGUAGAGAAUAAACAGAAGAAUAGGUACGUCA